UGUUGGGAGAGUGGCAUAAUUAGGGAAUAGGGUCCACCUUAUUCUCUUUUAGAAUGCUCGGCUGUAUUAUACAAUAAAAUGCAAGCAUAUUUUUUGAUAUGUUUUACUUUUUUCAGACUACAUAUUCCAGAGACAGAAGUAGGGUCAGAGACAGACAAAGGCGUGAAAACCCAGCUGAAGAAAGAACAUCCCACAACAGAACUGGUGACAGAGGUCAUUCUGCUAGGCUGGAACAGGCUGUGGACGAAGAAAGUAGAAGAGAAAGUGACGUGCAAGUUGAAGGGCCUAACUACAACCUCUCUGGAAAAUUGACAGAAUAUUCAAACACAUACAAGGGUGUGGUCAUCAAAUAUAAUGAACCUCCUGAAGCUAGAAAGCCGAAGACAAGGUGGCGUCUUUAUCCCUUUAAAGGGGAACAGGCCAUGUCUGUUAUGUACAUUCACAGACAAAGUGCAUAUUUGCUUGGAAGACAAAAACAUAUAGUUGAUAUUUCACUAGAUCACCCAUCUUGUUCAAAACAACAUGCAGUUCUUCAGUACAGACUGGUGGAUUAUGAACGAGCUGAUGGCACUGCAAGCAAGAAAGUUAAGCCAUACAUUAUUGACCUAGAUUCCAUUAAUGGCACAUUUCUUAACAACCAGAAAAUAGAUCCCAGAAGAUUCUAUGAGUUAAAAGAAAAGGACGUUCUAAAAUUUGGUUUCAGUACAAGAGAAUACGUGAUUCUAACAGAGAAAUCUCAAGAUAUGGACGAGGAUGAACCAGCUGAGGAGAGAAUUCAGUCAUGAACAUACCACGGGACAAGACUUACAUGCUUUUUUACUGCGUAGCGUACAAUGAAACAAAACGAUGCGGACACUUUGUGUUAACCCCCCACUUAUGUUGCCUCCCUUAAAACGUUAUUUUCGUAUUUUAUUAAACACAGAAAUAAAAUUAACAAUAAAACAUCAUGCUGAUGGAUAUUUCAGCUUUUGCUAGGGCUGGGACAA